AAUACUGCCAAAACCUGUAUCAGUGAUCCUGCUGGAUCCAGACAAAUCAAGGUCCUGUGAGUAAAUACAGCCACCAACUACUGCACAUAUCAAUCAUUAAUCAAAACCUCUAUUAGGAGCAAAUACAGAUCCAAAUACAUGCAGACACUUAAACUUGAAUUAAAAUUUCCCUUCAAGGAUAAAUACCCUAAAUUCAAUCUUAUUUCAAAUGUAAACUUGCAAGAAUUUCAACUUCACACCUCUGCAGGGGUUGUUCUGUACAUUUUAGCUGGAUUUCACUGACACCAAAGGCGUAGGGAAAUACUGAGAGCUAUCACUCUUCUUGCACAAACACACACCACACAUGUCAUUUUGUCAAUUUUAAAUAAAAUAUUUCACACCAUGAUUUGUGGUAUUCAUUUUUAUUUAGGAAAACUGGAAGAUGUCUGAAACGUCAUGUUUUAAAAUCCAAAGGGUUACUUACUAGCCCCUAUAAUGAUAGUAAUUAUAGUAAAAAAUGCCAUUAAAUGUAGCUGUAAUUUAGAUUGACUGAAACUGAGGAUGAAUGAUGGUGAGAAUGUAGCAUUUUGUUGGUUUAGAUCUUAACCAUGACCUUCUAAAGAUUUUGAACUCAGCAGCUCAUUACCACUGCUUAGCUGUAAAUGCCAGGCAUGUUUACAACAGCUGUUUGUUCCAUUGCGUUUGAAAAGGUUUAUCUUGGCAGUGGUACAACUGUAGCAGAAAUGUGGCUCCAUGAUGUCAAGAGGUCCAGUCUUGCACUGGUGAGUGUUGUGUAACUAUGUUUACAAAAAAAAAAAAAAAAAAAGAAAAAAAGAAGCGGGCCAGUUUAUGCAUACGUAAAAUAGGAGCUCUACAGGUUGUGGUUAAAUUACACAAAGCGGCGUAUAUAUUGUGUUUAAAUAAUUUCUGUCUGGUAGAAUUUUUGAAUAUUCCAUCAGAGCCAAAUUUAUUUAGCCUUCUAGAGUCAUUUGAAUGUCCUUUGAUUAAAAAAAAAUAGUCUAAACAUUUCAGAAAAAAAGAAGAAACAAAAACAAGUAACAUGCAUGUUGAUAGUAAACUAACUUUAUUUGUACAUUUCGUUCGAAAAUAUCGUCAUCCAAUUGGAUGUUUACUCCUUUAGUGUAGUUGUUAGUGUGAGAUUAGAGGAUAUGAGCGCGUGAGGUUAAGUUUGCGCGCCCCUCCUACUCGCCUGUCCGGGAAAACCACCGUUCAACAUUUAGAGCUGAGGCGCACUGGUUCGCUGCCCGCCCGGAGAGACGCACCGGGAGCCUCAGCGCUCUAAAACACCGCCGGAAAAAUGACCGUAGAGAGAAUGUUCGACGAGCUCGGACAUUUCAAAAGAUUCCAGGCAUGCCUGUACUUUGCAGCAGUUUUCCAGGCUGUAGCUUGUGGAAUCCACUACCUGGCCUCUGUUUUCCUGGUCGAGACUCCUAAUUUUGUGUGCAGUGUGCCCGGCAACAUCACUGACGUCCUGUAUGGCAACUUAACAGCACCCAGUCUGGAAGAUAUCCUGCCAGUCUUCAAGUCAGGAGGAGGUCCCCUAGUGGUGAGGACAGCUGUAGGCGAGCAAUGGGAGCUCAGCCGGUGCCGCAGCGCCAUGCGCAUCAAUCCUAAAGACUUCACAUACAACUUUAUUGGCAACAAAACUAUAAAAACAUGCGAUGGGAACUUUGUUUAUGACCACUCUGAAGUUCACCAAAACAUUGUAACAGACUGGAAUUUGGUGUGUGACAAAGAGUGGUUAGCCAAGCUGUGCCAGCCCACAUUCAUGUUAGGGGUGCUGAUUGGAGCGCUGGUGUUUGGGGACAUUGCCGACAGAGUGGGCCGUGUCAAGAUCCUGAUGUUCACCAGCCUCUGCCAGUUUGUACUUGGGGUGGCUGUGGCAUUUUCGGGAAACUACUACUUCUUUAUGGUGCUUCGCUUUCUGCUCGCCACGGUGUCCAGUGGCUAUCUGGUGGUGGUGUUUGUAUAUGUGACAGAGUACACCGGCAGCAAGGUACGCACAUGGACCUCCAUGCAUGUGCACGCAGCCUUUGCUGUUGGCAUCAUGGUGGUGGCGCUGACUGGUUACCUUGUUCGAGUAUGGUGGAUCUACCAGAUCAUCCUAUCCACUUGCACCUCACCCUUCCUGAUCUUCUGUUGGAAGUUCCCCGAGACACCCUUCUACUUAAUGGCCAAGGGCCGUUACAGUGACACUCAGAACUUGUUGGAUACAAUAGCACGUUUCAAUGGAAUUGAAUGCAGGCUAAAGGCAGAAGAUCUAAUGGAGCCAGAGAAGACUGAGAAUGGCAGAGCUCUGUUGAAGCAGGAGGAAGACGAGCAGCCAUCACAUCCCCAGAAGAAGCUGUCAAUCCUGGAUCUGUUUGGCAGCUGGAGGAUGGCGGGUCGCACAUGCACAGUUUGGGCCAUCUGGUUCAUCGGCAGCUUGGGUUAUUAUGUCUUCUCUUUAGGUUCUGUCAACCUUGGGGGAAACCAGUAUAUUAACCUCUUUCUUGUUGGUGCAGUGGAGUUCCCGUCUUAUCUGGUUGGCUGUUUUGCAAUGGACCGGAUUGGAAGGAAGAAGACCUGUGCCCCUGCUCUGCUGCUGGCUGGGGUUGCUUGUAUGCUCAUCAUUGUGGUACCAGUUGACAUGGAGGCCCUGGGUGUUGCUCUCAAUAUGAUAGGAAAAUUUGCUGUUGCAAUUGCCUUUGGCCUCAUCUACCUGUACACCUGUGAGCUUUACCCAACAAUAAUCAGGUCUCUGGCAGUAGGUAGUGGCAGUAUGGUGUGCCGUGUUGGCAGUGUGGUGGCUCCUUUCUGUGUAUACCUUGCUGAUGUCUGGAUCUAUCUACCUCAGCUCAUUGUGGGAAUCCUGGCAUUCAUUAUUGGAGUACUGACGCUGAUGUUGCCCGAGACCCUGGGCAAACCUCUAACAACAACCUUGGAGGAGGCUGAAUCUCUCGGCCGUAAUUUCAACAAGAAGACAUCAGCCCCAGGCAAUAAAGACGUUGAGGAUGGGGUGGAGCUCAACCAACAUGAAGUUAAGGCCUGAGCUUUGUGCUGCAGAAAAACCUUGGAAGACAUUUGGAAGAACAGAAUGGACGGGGAGGGAACGAUCAUUGAUCUCUUGGAUUGCUGGGGGGAAAAGGAGCAAGUUAUCAAAACUCUUUAAAUGUCUGUUUAUUUGUUUUUUUUUUUACAUUUUGUUCUGCAAAGUGACCAACAGUUCAGUAUUUAAAAGGUUCUCAGAACUCAUGUGAACUCAUCUGCUUGCAUACAUCAGUCAGUGUGAACUCACACAGUGUCAAGAAUUCAACAAACAUCACAAUCUAUGUGUUUGGUUCUUGUGUGUUUGUCAAACCCUGUGUGCCCAAAACCAGAAAAGAAUAGUUUCAGUUAACGAGUUAUAUCUCCAGAAAGAGAGCCAAAUUCAAAGUUUAUAAGGAAAAUCAAGUUUAAAAGACACCCUACUGAGCUGAUGAGGAUGCACUCAUGUAGUGAUACGGAGCACUGACGGGUGUUUUUCACUCUUCAUGAAGUAGUUGCUCAACUAUUUGCUCAUUUUUGUUCAAUGUGCAAAAACUCCCAUCAUAAACUCAGGUUCAUAUUUAACAUUUUUCUCGUUUACGGUAUGCUUUUAUCUCUAACCACUUUCAAGCUACAGCCUUUUGAAUUCUUGAUAUCAAAAUUUACUCUCGGGCCAAAAGGUUAACACAGUGUUAUGUUAUCAGUUAUCAAGGUCAGUACGGGUCAUUGCUUCGCCUCAGUUAUUUACAUAUUUUAGAUCUCAUACAUGAUGUUUUGACACAAUAGUAUCUUUUGUUAUGACAGAAGUGCCUUUUUUUUUUUUUUUUUUAAGUACCCUUUAAACUUUAAUCUCAGGGCAUGCAUCUCACUGUGAAACCAUCACCCUAUAGAUAGUAAUAAUUUUGAUGUCAGCUUUACACCUUUGGUUCCAUCUUAUUACCUCCACCAAGGUGGAAGUUAUGUUUUUGGCAGCAUUGGUUUGUCUGCCUGAUAGCAGCAUAACUCAAAAAGUUAUGGAUAGAUUUUGAUUCGAUCACCGUCUGGAUCCAGGAAUUUUUUUAAAGGAUUCUUUACUAUUGGGAGAUAGGGAUAAUUUUGCCAUUACAGAUGACACCAUGGUAGAUGUUAAAUACACUAACAGCUAACCCAGAUUGCGGCCAUUAGAGAAAAUGUGAAUUUCUUCAAUAACUUUAAGACUAUUAUAGCCAUUUACUUCAUCUUGGUAUCUAAGGGUAUGUUUCCAGGUUCAAGGAUUCUAAAUAAGAUGUGGCAUCUGUCCUGAUGACGGGGCGGCAUGGCUCGGCCAAGUCGGGUUCAUGUCGAGGUGUCCUUGGGCAAGACACCGAACCCCUAAUUGCUCCUGAUGGGUCGUGGUCGAGCGCCUUGCAUGGCAGCUUCCGCCAUCAGUGUGUGAAUGUGUGUGUGAAUGGGUGAAUGUGAUGUAUAAUGUAAAGCGCUUUGGGUAUCAUCCCAGGUACAGUAAAGCGCUAUAUAAAUACGGACCAUUUACCAUUUACCAUAUAUUAGCUUAAAGUAUAAAUUAGUGUUGGUAUGAGGUUGGUAACAGUUUUUUUCAGGUGAGGGACUCUAUGGUUUGGCGGAGGUCUGUGCUCUCUGAGGGCUUCUAGUUUAAGACGCAAAGAAUGAGUUUACCUUAAAAUCACCUGUGUGUGUUUUGGUGUACAACCAUGAAGCAAGUUUGCCUCCUAGUUUUCCACGUUUAAAUUUGUGUUUGCUAUAAAAAUGUUGGACAUGCUGAGGAAAAGUACAUCAAGUUAUACUGCAUUUCUCUGUGUCAAGAGUCAAGAUGUGAUCUCCAGAUGUCUGGACCAAAUACAGGAAGGAGCACAAUAGUGAGGUGAUGUAAAUAACAGUUUUGCAAUAGGCAGCUGAUCAUUAAAAACAUCUGGUUUACGAGCUGCAGCUCAGGUCGAGCAGUUGGUUCUACAAUCAACAGUAAGCAUUUUUUUUAUGACUUACCUUUUUUGUUAGUUUUUUAAUAGUUAAUUUCAUCAUGGAACAAUAAAUAAGUGCUGACACUGAGACUUGUUCUUACUGCCACAGAAAAUAUUUUGUUUAUAUGUACCUGCUGAAGCAACCACAGUUUUAAAGUGAUACUGACAAGAGAAUAUAAAUCUUUAAAUAAACCUUCUUUGAUAAAUUAUCCAAUUUAAAGCUUUUCCCCUUCUUCCUGUCUUUGUCAAAAUGGAGAAAUGAAGGGCUGAAAUAGUUACUGGAAAAUUCAGGUUUUUUUUUUCUCUUCUGGAACCUGCUCAGUAGUAGCAGUUUCCUACUUUCUGGUGAAGAGGAGGUCCCACUAAAACAACACACAAGCUCACUGUGCACCACCCUUCACAUAAAACCCCUCUGUGUUCUACCUCUGAGUGGAAAGCUGCAGAUGGACGACCUGCUUGUGUGUGUGUGUGUGUGUGUGAGAGAGAGAGAGAGCGAGUUUGUUCAUAUAUGUGCAGGCUUGUAUGGAUGGAAAAAUGAAUGUACUGUGCUUUACUUGAACCUUGCUCUUCCUGCUAAUGUUAACCUCCACCUUCGGUCAUAAUACUGGUGCUCAAAAUAUUGUUUUUCUUAUUACAGAACACUCAAGUGAAAACUGAAACAGGAAUUCCUCUCAAGUUAGUGUGUGUGUGUGUGUGUGUGUACUUUUGUAGGUUUAUCUAUGUUGAUAAAAGCGAUUUUCUAUAUUCUAAAGAAUGUUUGAAAUUCCCAGCUUGGCUCUUAAGUUGAGAUUAUAAUUAAAAGGGUAAAAUACAGCAAUGAAGUGAUCCAGAAAAUUGGCUAGGGUGCUCACAAAUGUUUUUAUGGUAGAACUAGAUUCAGAUGUCAUAAAGACAUAUCUAAAACUUAAGUUCCUUAGGUUUGGUAGAUAUGUUGUGUAUCCCUAUGACUGUUAAGUAUUGCUGCUGAAUGUUCCUGCUCUUUCCUCUCUUGCUUUCUAUUCAUGUCUAUAAUCCUAGAGGGUCUGAUGUUGACUUAAAACAAUGCCCUCACACUAAUUGUAGGGGCUGCUCUCUGUCCUUUUUUAAGUUUUCUUUUUUUAUUUAUUAUUUUGCUGGUAUUCACCAAUGUGUCUGAAAAAAAUAAAUAAAUAAAAAUAAGAACUGAAGUUACGAA